UUCGAAAUGUUGUUAUUUCCUUGAGGGAAUUGUACCGAUGGCUGCCGGUUUUUUUCGAGGCACGUCGUUUGAACAAGAUGCGAGGUUUUCAAACAAAUGGAAAAAGUUGCUGUCUAGUACCAAGUUUCCGGAGAUAUAUUCACAGCAAGUGCAAACAAAACUUGUACAGCUAGACGCUAUACGUGCAUGGGUUUCCACGAAACUACAGCAUUUGUUGGGUUUUGAGGACGAUGUUGUUGUAGACUUUGCUCUUUCGUAUCUUGAAAGCUAUGAAACUCCAGACCCUCGUGAACUACACCUGAAUUUGAGUGGCUUUCUAGAAGAUAAAACCUUUACUUUUAUGGAGCAACUAUGGAGUUUGUUAGUAGAAGCACAACAAGAAGCGAAAGUAGCAGAUGGAAAAGUCGUCUCAGCAGGAGUACCACCUUCGCUAGUUGAGGAACUGCGAAAGCAACUGGAGGACAAACAAAGAACUAAGGAAACAGUGGAAGAACAACUAAGAGAAAGAGUUCAAAAUUCACCUGAUUAUAAUAUACAGCCAAGUAGGUUACCAAGUGAAGUGGAAACACGAGAAAGGAUCAAACCCUCCAACUGGGAUUCGGACUCUGCAGGUUCUCCUGUAAGGCAAGUGGAGAGUACACAAGCAGGUGAAACAAGACGUUACUCGGAAGGUCGACAUAGUAGAAGAAGCAGGAGAAGAAGAUCUGUUUCUCUUGAUAGGCAUAGACGACGAGAAAGAACACCUUCGAAGUGUCAUCGUCACCACUAUCAUCGUCAUCACCGUUCACACCGGCACAAGUUGAGAUAUGGAGAGGGAAAGGAGAGUAGUUUAAGGCGGAGUAGUAUAUCACCCAGUUCUGCCAAGAAAAGAGAAGAAGGUGAGAAAGUUCCCUGCAGUAAGCAUCUCGGGGUCGAAGGAGAGAAUGUAGAGCUGGAGAACAAAAAGGGGCAUUCUCGAGUCUCGAAGGAUGAUACUGUUGAGUACAACAACUCCCGUGAUUCGCUUUUAGCAGAGUUAGCUCGAGUGGAGAGAGAAACCGAGUUGCGUCGACAAGCUUUAGAAAGUAUGAAGAAACAAAACAAAUGAGAAACCUAUUUAUUUUCACAUAUUCAAAGUCUCCUUAAUAGUUUUGUGUAUCAACAGACAAAUGCCCUUCGCAAAAGUGAUGAAACAGCCUUUGUUUAUGAAAGGAAACCUACUAUUUUACUUUCUAUCCAUGUGAGACUUUCUAGUCGUGAGAAAUCUUUUCGUAAUGAGACUCUGGAUCAACUGGCCAGAAAUGUACAACUUUUUCAAGUAUAAAAAUAUACGAUAAGUAGUCAUUGAAUAUUUACAACUGGUUGGGUUUAUUGAAAUUGACAAAAAAUCCUUGUUAAGAAAGUAAAUGGAGGAUGCUUUCAUAUCUUAAGCAAACAAAGAAUAAGCAACUUUCUAGACCCGAGUAGUGUUCAGGAAUGAGCACAUCAAAGUCCUUGUGUUGUUCCUUUCAUACUUAAUGCGACCUUUUUGCUAAAACAUUGUUUUGAUAUUCCUUUGUUUAGCAAGAUACUCACAAAAUAUGAAAUAUCAUAAUAUUCAUAUCUGAAGAAGAGAAGUAUUGUGAUACGAAAACCGCGGGCCACAAAACUCAACGG